AUGGACACCGUUGGUACAUUUGAGAUGGCAAGGGCAUUGUCAAAGUAUGGAUUAUUUACAACUGUUCAUAAAUAUUAUACACCAGAUGAAUGGAAAGAAUUUGCAAUGAAAAAUUCAGAUUGUUUAAAUAAUAUUGCUGCAAGUUCAGGAACAAGUUCUGAUGAUUUUGAAAGAUUAUCAAAUGUCAUUGAAGCUGUACCAGAAUUAUCAUUUAUUUGUCUUGAUGUUGCUAAUGGUUAUUCACAACACUUUGUUGAAUAUGUUAGAAAAGUACGAGCUCAAUUUCCCAAUCAUACAAUAAUUGCAGGAAAUGUUGUUACUGGAGAAAUGGUUGAAGAAUUACUAUUGUCUGGUGCUGAUAUUAUUAAAGUUGGAAUUGGACCUGGUUCUGUUUGUACAACUAGAAUGAAAACUGGUGUUGGCUAUCCACAAUUAAGUGCUGUUCUUGAGUGUGCUGAUGCUGCACAUGGACUCAAAGGCCAUAUUAUUUCGGAUGGUGGAUGUACAUGUCCUGGUGAUUUAGCAAAAGCCUUUGGAGCUGGUGCUGAUUUUGUAAUGGCUGGAGGAAUGUUUGCUGGUCAUGAUGAAUGUGGUGGUGAAGUUAUUGAAAAAAAUGGAAAACAAGUUAAAUUAUUUUAUGGAAUGGCAUCAAGCACAGCUAUGAAAAAACAUGCUGGUGGUGUUGCUGAAUAUCGAUCAUCAGAAGGUAAAACUGUUGAGGUGCCUUACAGAGGUGCUGUUGAAGCAACAGUACUUGACAUAUUGGGUGGACUACGAUCAGCAUGUACCUACAUUGGUGCAUCAAAAUUACGUGAAUUAACACGUUGUGCAACAUUCAUCAGAUGCACCCAACAACUUAAUCCAAUGUAUGGACCACCAUAA